AUGGGACAAGACUCCAAUAGCGUGGGCCAUGACCCCGGCAAAUCGCCGUCACCUUCCCCGCAGCAUAGACGCGGCUACCAAGCAUGCGAUCCAUGUCGCAAACGCAAGGUCAAGUGUGAUUUAGGAAGUGUCGAUAAUCCUAGACCCCCACCCUGCGUCCGAUGUCGUCGUGAAAGCAAACGAUGUGAAUUUUCCGCUACUCGUCGCAAGCGUAAACUCUCCGAGCCCCCGGAGGAGAAUGAGGAGGAGGAGGAACCGGCUGUUCUACGCCGCGAUAAGCGAAUGAUGAUCGGGGAGGUCGCGGCGAAGAAAGAAUCCUCCAAUGAUCCUCCUCCGUUUAUUCCCUCGGAGCCAUCGUUAUCAAAUGAUGGGUUUCGGGCUCGUUCGCGCUGGCCUGAAGCUCCACCACCCGCUGCAGUUGCUGCAGUUGCUGCUCCAGCGGCACCCCAACGAUAUACACCGAGCGCACCUAUAACUUCCUCGGCAAGACAUUUCAUGGAACCGAGAAACCCGCGUGUGUCGGGUUAUGCGGGUAGUGAAAGAAACUCAGUCCCUGGAUAUGGUGGUCCACCUAUGCUGAAUCGCACAGCGGUGGAAUUGCUAUCGCCGGCGAUCACCAAUACCCACGAUGCUUUACACCUGCUUUCGGAGGCAGCGGGGCGAACGGAGGACUUGAAUCGCUUUGCGGCGAGGCAAUCGGUUUCGUCGUUCAAUUCGGGCCCCUCGCCUCUAGCCCACGUUAAUUCGCCGGGAAAUAUUAGCGGGUCAUUUUCACGGACGCCCCGAUCGGGAGUGUCUAUCGGUGGAAAUGGUUUCUAUCAAGGCGCGGGCGCGGGCGUGGUGGACCCUCAGAUGGCCGGUGAUACUGGGCAUCAGGAUGAAGCUACCAAUUCCCAAGACCCGGGAUACAUGGAUGCUGUUCGGGCAUGGUCACGGCUGCGAUUUGUUCGUGCUGGAUGGAUGACAGUAGAGGAAGGUAUGGAUUAUGUGGCAUAUUACUACGAGAACCUGGCGCCAAUGAGCCCUGUAGUAACGCCAGAUUAUUCUGAUCCUUCAAAACAUCGCACAUUACUCACUGAAGAACCGGUCUUGGCCGUGACCAUCCUCACAAUCGCCUCAAGGCAUCUGAAGCCGAAAGGUGAUGGUGCCAGUACUCGGGCAUUCUAUAUCCAUGAUCGACUUUGGUCAUAUCUCCGUGGCAUGAUUGAGCGUCUUUUCUGGGGCCAGGAGAAAUUUGAUGCUGGGGGACCCGGAACUAGCAAACCACGAUCUCUUGAUUUGGCACCAACUUCUAGCCGACCGAGCGUGAAAGGAAAUUUGAGAGCGCUGGGAACCGUUGAAGCACUGUUGAUUCUCACAGAUUGGCAUCCACGAAACCUCCACUUUCCUCCUGGUGAUGAUGAGAACACAUUGCUAGACACCGAUGCCCAUGCUCAGAAUUGCGCUGAUAAGGACUUGGAUCCUGACAGCGAACAGGCCAAAACGUCACCGGAAGGAAGACUAGCAUUUCAAAAAUGGUUGGAACCAGCUUGGCGAUCUGAUCGGAUGUCAUGGAUGCUUCUCAGUACUGCGCAAGCUCUCGCCUUUGAACUGGGUGUUUUUGACGAGAAAAGCGACUCAAAGGGGGCAUCUGAGUCGCCCGCUGAACAAGUGCGAAAGCGACGUCUACGGAGAUUGAUUCUUAUUUUUAUUACACACAGCAGUGGACGAUUGGGCAUUCCCUCGAUGCUUCCUUUGCCCGAAUGGGGCCAGGAUGUUCCAGGAAAUAACUUUGAUCCCAACGAGAGCAACCCCGAUAUUGAUAGGAUGCAAGACUGCUGGAUGGGCAUCUCUAAGAUUGUCUACCAGGCGAACCACCAAUUGUUUGCAUCGAGUGAACAAACAUCAGAAUUGAUUAAGAGUGGAAGAUAUCGCGAGCAAAUCGACUGGUUUCAACCCCAGCUGCGAGAGUUCAGGCAACACAUCGAUCGUGUUAACCUCAAACCGGCCAUGCGGAGCAUUCUUUUGAUCGAAUACGAGUAUACACGGCUUUAUGUCAAUUCACUUGCCUUGCAAGCCGUUGUUGACCGCUGGACGACAAUGUCUAACGAGUCUGCUCAAGAUCCCUCUGGGCGACCAGGAUCUGGUCCAUCUCCCGGUAGCACUGGGUGGUUCCGGACUCUGAUGGAGCUCUAUCGAGUCAACGAGCAAUACAUCCAGGAGGUUGUGGAUGCAUCCCGUAAGAUCCUGCAGACAGUUCUCGAGGGACUUGUCCCAGGAGGUCGUUUGAAGCAUGCCCCCAUUCGGACAUUUUUCCGAAUUCUGUCUGGCAUGAUCUUCAUCCUGAAAACGUUUACACUUGGCGCUCGCGAAGAUGACGUGCGAGUAUCGCUGGACCUGCAAGACCGGACCGUGGAGGCACUUCGUACCUUUGUUGUCGAUGACGUGCACAUCAGUAACACCGUCGCUCGACUACUGGAGCUGCUGACCAGUAGCAUUCGAACUCGGUUCCUCCGCUUUGCACCUCAUGAUCGGGGUGUAGACGGUGAGGGUCAAGACCGAGGUUCCGCUCCAGGAUCACAAGCACAGUCACCACCACGGGACAAUGUCUCAGGCCGUCGUGAUGGUCUGCAGACUCCCUGGUCCUCUACUCAGGAUGCAACUCCAAGCGGACUAGGAUAUGUGGAGAGCAGCAGCGCCGGCGGACACCCGUCAGGAGCGAUCGGAUCGGCCCAUGACCCGCUUGCCAAUAUUCCUGCUCAGACGAUCAAUUCCUCUAACAUGAACGUCUCGUUCAUGCCGCCUCCCCCAUCUGUCUACUACAACUACUAUGAUUCGAACUCGUCAAUGCCAACCAAUGACCUUGAGCGCUCAUCCCCAAAUCACGUCGUCUCCUCACAAGCUGUCGACAGUAAUGGGGCGAAUGCUGGUCUGCCCGAUUGGUUUGCACUGCCUCUGGACCAAUUCUUCAAUAGCUCUACUGCAGUGGUUGACCAGGGCCUGGGUGGAACCGGACCGAUGCUAGGCGAGUUCGAUAUGCUAGAGGUACUGCUUAAUGAAGGAGGCUAUGAUGGAAAUCCUCCCAGUGAAGGCGACUCUGGUCCCAUGGCCUCUCAGUUCAUGUAA